UUAAUUAAAAUUUGAAGAAGACACGAAGGUUUUUUGAAGUAAUGGGAUAUUAUAUACUGGUGGUUUUUAGAAUGUAUAUAUGUGUGAGUUGUAUGUAUAUACUGGUGUGUGGAUUAUUUCUAUUCAUUCUCACCUCUGCUUUCUCUCCUAAAUUCCCUCUUAACCAUUUCAGAAUUAACUUCUUUUCUCUCUCUCAAAUCUUCAACAUUCCAUAGUUUCUUUGACAGCUUCUCUACUUUCCAAGCUUUUCUUUCUUCAUCUUUAGACUACUUAUGCUUCUGAAUCCACAAGAAGAAUCUUUGAUUUCCCAACUUUUCUUUGAGGAAUUCAAGGCAGUAACUUACCAAAAAGAGAAAUCUAAUCAUCAAAUUUUCUCUUUCUUUAUCUUUUCUUCUUCCUUUUUUCUUCAUGACUGUAUCAUGAUCUCUCUCUCUCUCUCGCUCUCUCUCUGCCAACUUAAUAUCCUUUCUUCUUCUUCCAUUCAAACUUACAAAUCUUCAAAAUCCAGAAACUGGGUCACCACUCAAAAUAUAUUUACUUGACUCAAAGUCUUUUUUUUUUUUCUGCGUUAAAAGAUGAUCAUUUUCAUAUAUCAGUAUCACCCGCUUUCCCAUUCUUGAUUGUCAUCUUCAUGAUUCUCUCAGCGAGAUCUCUGUUAAUCUCCACGAUUCAUGGAUUUCGAAGCUUCCGCCGAAACUAUUCCAAGUCGUUGAGUAGAUAGAUAAAAAUGUCAUGGCGAAACCAGAACAUGGAAGCGAAAAGUAGCAGAGGAGGUUGCAAGAUCAGGAAGAGAGGUUGCUCGUCGUCUUCGUCUUCCUCAUUGGUUCAAAAGUACAGAGUUAAACGUGCUAUUCUGGUCGGGAAGAAAGCUGGGUCAACCACACCAGUACCCACAUGGAAAACAGCCGCCAAAUCUAAUGCUUUAGCCUUGUCAAGACCUGAACUUUUAAACCCUUCACCUACUCCUCCUCACAUUACUAACACUUCAGAGUCCAAGGAAGUCUCUGUAUCUGCAAGAAAGCUCGCUGCAACUUUGUGGGAGAUCAACCAAAUCCCUUCACCAAUACCAAAACCAGAGACCAAAACCAGAGCCAAAAAACUUGCUAAGAUUUCCCCAAUUUUGCCACCAAAUCUCUCAGAUCCAUCCUCCUCUCCCAUUCACGAGAGGAUGGAUCGAUCUAGAGGUCAUAGCCGUUACAGGAGGACAUCUGUCGUUUCUAGAAAGCUUCAAGUAAGUGACUGUAAGUUGGGGGGCUUGGAUUCCAUGAGCAAUGGCACUGUUAUGGAGGUUGAGACACAGUCCAAAAGAAGAAUUCAAAGCAAGGGUGAAAUCAGAACCAAUAACUGUUUGAAGGAGUUAAGCAAUGGCCUAACAACAUCCAAAGAGCUGCUGAAAGUUCUGAGCCGUGUUUGGGGUCUUGAAGAACAGCGUUCUUCAAGCAUACCCCUGGUCUCAGCCUUGCGUGUUGAGGUUGAUCGUGCCCGUUUACUGGCAGAUCAAUUGAUCCUCGAGCAAAUGUCGAACAUGAAUGAGACUGAGUGUCUUCUGAAGUAUUUUGCAGAGGAGAAAGCCGCUUGGAAACGGAGGGAGCGAGACAGAAUUCGUGAUGCCAUUGCCUGCAUAGCUGAGGAGCUUGAGGUAGAAAAGAAGCUUCGGAGACAGACAGAGAGAUUGAACAAGAAACUCGGCAAAGAAUUGGCAGAUACAAAGGCAUCUCUGUUGAAGGCAACAAAAGAGCUUGAGGGUGAGAAAAGAGCGAAAGAGAUACUGGAGCAAGUUUGUGACGAAUUAGCCAGAGGGAUUGGGGAGGAUAGAGCUGAGGCAGAGCAACUGAAAAAGGAAUCAGCAAAGGUCAGGGAAGAGGUUGAGAAGGAAAGAGAAAUGCUUCAACUCGCAGAUGUCUUGCGUGAGGAGAGAGUCCAGAUGAAACUUUCAGAGGCUAAAUAUCAUUUCGAAGAGAAAAAUGCAGCUGUAGAGAAGCUCAGGAAUGAGCUUGAGAGCUGCUUGAGAAGUAAAAUUGUAAAGGAAGAUAAUGAUGAGUCUCGAAGUCUUGAAAGAAUUAAAGAGCUUCAGGCUUAUUUGAAAAGUGCAAAUUUUGGACUGUGUCCAGCUCCAGAAAAAGACCAGGACAAAGGGGAAGUAGCAAACGUAGAAGAUGGCGACGGAGAUGACUCAGCGGACAGUGAUCUUCACUCCAUUGAGCUAAACAUGGACAAUAACAGCAGAAGCUACAAGUGGAGCUAUGCUUGUAAAGAUGAAAAUCAAGUUGAUUCAAAGAAGCUUUCUGUUGCUAGUGAAACCAAAGAGAGGAGAUCUUUCUCAGACAAGAUUCAAUGGGGAAGCAUCUGCUUCGACAGAGGAAGUUCAAAUCGUAUGGACUGCUUCCUCGGAUCCAAGACUCAGGAAGAUUCAGAUAUUUCUGAUGCAGAAAAAUCACCCGACCUCAUUUCAGAAAGUCAAAAUAAGGACUACGGGGACGAGAUUAAGAGAUACAAAUCAUUAAAAAGUCUUAGAGAACACAUACUGUCUAGUGCUAAGAUAGCACCUAUUGGAAGCUUUGCAAGUCCAACCAGGCAAUGGGAACAGGCUUUGCCUCUGCAGGAUCUAGGAAACAUAGCCAGGGAAGAUUCACCGGAACUGCAGAGAGAGAAUUCUAAGCACAGACAGACUGGAACCAGAAGUGAACGCCGGACGUCAACCAGUUCAAGACAAUAAUACUUUUCUAGUUAUUUAUUAUUACUAUUACUAUUAAUAUUUUUUUGUGUCUUGAGAUGUUGAAAUCUUGAGGUAUCACUGUUUAAUUUGUUUGUGCGCAUCAAUUAUGGAAUUGAGAAAGAAAGAUUGUAAAUAGACGCCUACACAAUGCUUUAUGGUAUCUGUCACAACCUACUGGUGCAAAACUUGUAAUGACAUUUUGAAUUGAAGUCUCUGUUAACAGACUGUUUCAAAAGCUCUUCAAUAAUAUGUUUGUAUGUGCAAGGAAA